UAGAGGGAGUCACACACUGCUCAACUUCAAUGGGAUGUGAUGAUCCAGUGUUGAAUCUUUUCACUCAUGAGACACAGCUGUGAUGAUGAGCUUCACAAAUGAAGACCAGUCUCCUCCUACUGACUGCAGAAGUGUUUCAUGAGAACUGUUUGUUUCCAGCUGUGAACAUCAGACCAACAACUCACAGAACUCAUUCAUACUGAACGUUCACUGACAACUUUUCACCUCUGCAAAGAUGGAAACACUCACUGCAAUUUUGUUCUUCUCAACUCUCAUAGUAGGUUCCACCAUGGAAGAUGACAUCACUGCCAGCAGAGCUGAAGAGUUUUCAUCAGAGGGCCGGAGUGUUACUCUGUCCUGUAACUAUUCAAUUCAAGCCAAUAAUCUCCAGUGGUAUCGACAACAUCCUGGAUCAGCUCCUCAGUUCCUUCUCCUGAUCACUGAUACAAAAGAGCCGUCAGUGGUGAAAGCAACACCUCCAAACCCUCGACUGACUGCUCGACUGAAUGAGGAGAGAAAUCGAGUCAAUCUGCAGAUCUCCUCUGCUGCAGUGUCUGACUCUGCUCUGUACUGUUCAACUUCAAUGGGAUGUGAUGGUCGUGGCCAGUGCAUCUCAGUUACUAAGACAGCAACUCAUUAUGCAUUUGUCACUUUGUUUCUGCUCACAAUAAGAGGUGUCAGCUGUGAAGACCUCAGUCCAGUCAACAAUGAAGAGUCCAGUUUAGAAGACAGCACUGUUACUCUGUCCUACAAAUACUCCAAACAAGCAACUGUUGGUGAUUCUUUCUUCUGGUAUCGACAAUAUCCAGGAAAACCACCAGAGUUCCUCAUCUCUCACUUGGGAACACAACGUGCAACAAACUCCAGACUGACUGUGAAAGCGAGUGAGGAUCAAACCCAAAUGGAUCUGCAGAUCUCCUCUGCUGCAGUGACUGACUCUGCUCUGUACGACUGUGCUGUGAGGCCCACAGUGACAGGAAACAGCAAAACUCUGCACAAAAACCUCUGCAGCAAACACAACACAAUACUCCACAAUGUCCACUAGAGGGAGUCACACACCAUGAAGCCUUUUCGGUCUGAGCCAGCGUCACUGCACUGAUGACAAAUCCAACAAGGAAAAAAGAAGCAAUACAGAUUAGAGACAGAGCUACUGUGAACAGAGGAACAAUUUAUUGGUUGAGCUGAACUGACAAAAUAACAUCAAGAGGUGACUGGCCCCGCCCACUGAGCUUCAACUCAACCAAUCACAUGAUUUCUUACUCAUUCUCCUGCAGUGGAAGAACAUUGCUGCUCUG